UUUCAAAAUUGUCCAACGAAGGUUUUGCAACAAACUUGGUCGACAAAGCGUUAAUUUUACAACAUGGAUUUCGAAGUCAAAAAGAUUCGGAUAAUUCAGAUGAUUCAGAUGGAUCACCCGACAAAAUUGAACAAUUUGAAAGUUUAGUUGACGAAUCGUUGACUCUUUUUCAUAAAAAAAUCAAUCAAAUUGAAUUAGAAGACAUAGGUGCUCUUUUGAAAACUUAUUACGAUAACAAUGUUCAAUUUCCCUCUGAAUUUAAAGUUUAUCUAAAAACUUUACAAUAUUUCAAAUAUAAAACCUUUAUGGGGUUUCUGUAUCAAACUGGAGUUAUCCUGGAACAAGAUUACUUGAUGGCAUAUAAAAUCUAUAAGGAAUCAGAAGUAGAACGACCGGAAAAAUUAGUGGAAUUACUAAAGGAGGAUGGUUUACUGG